CCGGGAAGUCCCGUGUAUGCCGGCCUGAGGUGACCUGUAGUCAGUGGCUCUGUGGUGAAGAGGUGCUCCAAACUGUCUUCUUCCCUGAGCGUCUUGAUUCUCCCACACGCGAAGGGGUGGUGAGCGCAUCUUACUGGUUUCUAGGGAGAGAGAGAGAGAGAGAAAGGAGAAAGAAAGAAAGAACGAACCAGCUGGGUCAAGAAACCCAAGGAUACGUGGUAGGACCAUUACCCCUCUGCCAUCGUCCAGUUUUUCUUAUAAGGCUAAGAAGAUCACAAGGGACAUGUCACUGAGUCAGCAAGAUCUAGAUCCAGAUAGUAGUAGAGAUAUGGAAGAUGUUACAAAUGCUGAAGAAGAACUUAUUAAGGAAUGUGAAGAAAUGUGGAAAGACAUGGAAGAAUGUCAGAAAAAAUUAUCACUUGUUGGAACUGAGACACUCACUGAUUCAAAUGCUCAGCUGUCAUUAUUAAUUAUGCAGGUGAAAUGUUUGACUGCUGAACUCAGUCAAUGGCAGAAAGAAAAUCCUGAAAUAAUUCCUCUGAAUGAAGAAGUUCUAGUAACAUUAGGAAAAGAAGAGUUCCAAAAAUUGAGACAUGAUCUUGAAUUGGUACUCUCUACUAUUCAGUCAAAGAAUGAAAAGUUAAAGGAAGACUUGGAAAGGGAGCAACAGUGGUUGGAGGAACAACAACAGAUAUUGGAAUCUCUUAAUGUACUACACAGUGAAUUGAAAAAUCAGGUUGUGACAAUUUCUGAAUCGAGAAUCUUUGAUGACCUGAACACUAAAAUCCAUGGUAUAAAAGAAUUUAAGGAAAAGCUCUUGAUUACUUUGGGUGAAUUUCUGGAAGAUCAUUUUCCUCUGCCUGAUAGAAAUGUUAAAAAGAAAAAGAAAAAGACAAACACUCAAGAAUCAACUGCACAGCUGAUAACACUGCAUGAAAUGUUAGAGAUUCUUUUAAAUAGAUUAUUUGAUGUUCCACAUGAUCCAUAUGUCAAAAUUAGUGAUUCUUUUUGGCCACCAUAUAUUGAGCUGCUUCUGCGAAAUGGAAUUGCCUUGAGACAUCCAGAAGAUCCAACCCAAAUAAGAUUAGAAGCCUUCCAUCAGUAAAAAGAUGGUCUCUUUUUUCACACAGUACUUAAUGAAUCUUGUCAUUCAAGGAUAAUGGAAACAAUGAGGAUUACUUGGACAAAGAACAUUAUUUGCAAAUCAAAGCACAUAGUCCCUCUUCCUUUCAUCCAUAAAAUGACACAUGCCAUCUGUUUAUAAAUGGUCCUUUCAUAUUCAGUCAGUACUUUGGUGUUUUCAACUGGAUGGAAAAGAAUGCAAGGAAAAAUAUUCUAGACUUAAUCCUAAUAAAACUUGAUGUUCCUUACUUCUGCAGAAUUCUUUGGAAAUUCUUUGUUAAUUUAUGAUAUUGUUAAUGUAAUGUUUUCCUCUUGAAUUUAUGACAAUUUUAUGCAUUUUGAGUUCCAUUUGGUACUUAUAUCUUUAAAUUUAGCAGUUAUAAUGGAAAGACCAUUUAAUAUGUAGAUGGUUUUUAAAUUGACAAUAUCUGAUAUAGAAGGAAUCAUAAUUUAAAAGUAUGUAGUAAAUCUGUCCCAUGUAUACUGCCUUAUUUCCAGAUUUGUUAAAAAUUGGAACAGAAAAAAACUAAUGGAUAAAUGUAGCAUGAAAACUAUAUCUUAAUAUGUAUUAUGUAACAAGAGAUAUGUAUUAAACCAUUCUGUUUCUGUUUAUUAUUGCUAACAAAAAUUGUGUUCAUAAAAUUUUGUUAA